AGUUUUCUUUCAAAGAAUAGCGGCCAUUUUUUCGGGUCUUGUGACAGUGCAGUUGUUUCACGUGGUUGCCUAGUAAACUGUUUUACCGAUUGUUGAAGCCAACAAUCUGUGAAAAAAAGAAUUGCGCCGAUAGGUUUUUACGUGUAAAUCUCGACGGACGGUACACGACCGUAUCCGUUACCCAAGACAUUUACGCUGUAAACACUUGGUAUAAGAACGACGUGGUAACAUAAAUAAGCUACUCCAAACUGUAUAUACUUUCUCUAACUGUAAAAUGCAGAAGAAAAAAAAACUCUAUACAUAUAUAUCAAUCGAGACUCUCAAAAAAAAAGGGCUUCAGUCUUCCAUCCGGUUCGGAUGGAUUGGGUAGUGUCCAAUCAGGUUCUUUUUUUUUUUUUCUCCCGAAUUGUGCACGCCAUUACGUGGAACACAGUUAACACCAAACUAGUGGGAAUUCCAAAAGCAGAGUUGUAACCUUAGGCAAGAAUUGUUCAGACUGAUUUCCCGGACAACUUUCCUUUUACAUUUUUGCAUAUACGUGCCUCUCUACCUUUGGCUAAAUCUACGAAAGAAAAACACAAAAAACAGGCAGACACGUAAAGUAACGGACCACGUAUACACCCAAAAAUGGAUCCGGUCGAUCUCGCCAAAGUCAUUUCAAUGAUCGUCCUAUCAUUAGGGACACUUAUUCUCGGUCUGCUCCCCAUCUGGAUUAUCCGCCGGAUGAAAGCAAAAUCCGGCAGUCAUGAGAUGUCACCCGGAAUCCGUAAUGUACUGUCCGGAAUGCUUUGCUUUGGUGGCGGAGUCCUAAUGGCCACAGCAUUGACUCACCUGUUACCCGAGCUACACGAAGGCAUCGCAGAAUUACAAGCAGAUGGCACCAUCAAAUCGUCACUUCCAAUAGCUGAAAUCACCUUUAGCGCUGGAUUCUUUCUCGUCUAUCUUAUCGAAGAGCUCGUUCACCUCGUUAUUCAUCAGAGGUCUCAUCGUAAGAAAGCUGACGUCUCCAUUCAUCAGUCUGUUGGCAUUACAGUUGUCCAACCGAUUCAACCCGACAAGCUGGAAGAUGGAGACAGUUGCAACGAAAAGACUAUUUGUCAAUCCAAUUGCGAUGAUUUGUCCACGCCAAGCACGAAUUCUGGAAGCGAUCAAGCCAUUGUUGACAAUAUAUCCAUCACGUCAAAGAAACGUACGGCGAGCGUUGUUCAUCAUCACGAUCACCACCAUCACGUGAUGGCUGAUACGAACAGGACGCUACCAUCUGUUCAAGGCCUUCUCAUCAUUAUUGGAUUGUCCUUACACGAAAUCCUGGAGGGAGUCGCUAUCGGAUUGGAAGAGACGGAAGGCGAUGUGUGGAGUCUGUUUGCUGCUGUUGCGACCCAUAAAUUUGUGAUUACGUUCUGUGUCGGCUUGGAUAUGGCAUCGAACGGAGUCAAACCUAGUCUACAAAUCUGUUACAUGAUCGUUUUGUCACUAGUAUCUUCCAUCGGAAUUGGAGUGGGGAUGGCCCUUUCAAAUGGCACGUCAGCAGGAUUAGUGCUGACGUCAUUAAUCCUUCAAGGUCUGGCCGGUGGCACGCUCAUCUACGUGGCUUUCUUUGAGGUGCUGGAACGUGAACGCACCAAACCGUCCAAUAAGCUGAUGCAAUGGGCCACGGUCCUCUUAGGAUUCUUGUUUAUGAUCGGACUCGAAGCUCUAAUUCCAGAACAUGAACAUGGAGACCAUGAAGAACAUGAAAACCACAGUCCUACUGAAGAACCCUAUACUCAUUUACAAAAACUGGUGACUGCUAUGACACCUCAACUGCUGGGUUUUCAUGCUGAACACGAUAGUCAUAACCAUUAAGUUAACUGUCAUCUCUCCCCAUUUUUUCUUGAAAAACUUUUGACUAGGAUUGAUUCCUGUUUGAUAUCCAACACCUGUACAUAUAUCCGACCUUUUUAUAUUUUGGUUUUACAUUUUUUUUUUUCACUUUAAAUAUUUCGUUUUAAUGGGUAUUUGAUGGAUACACCGUGGGAGGUAUGCGUUUUUAAGCAAAAUAUUUAGUUUUUAUGUUCCCGAAUGUUUUUAAUUGUUAUUCUACUCACGAGAAAUGGAUUGAUGGUGGAAUUUUUUAAUACAAUGAGCAGCUAGUGAGGAGUA